UUCCGCCGGGGGGAGGGGUUGGUGUCGACGGCUGCGGUAGAGCGGCGGAGGGCAGUGCCGGUGAGCGGGGAGGAGGCGGCCCGUCGGCGGGUGGCCCGCGGCCCCUCCUCGUGCGGGGGCGCGCGCGGCGGGGCGGGCGCGGACAGCCCGGCGGUUGGAACCCGGAGCCAGCGGGCGGGACCGCACGAGGUUCUCCCGGCAGCCGGCGCGCGGCGCUCCCGGCUGCAGUGAUGUCGUGGCGCUGCCAGGAAGUCGGGGACAGAGUUCAGGAGGGCUUCGCUCAACCAUCCUCUACCUAGAGGUACCAUCGUCGUAGGAGGGUAGAACUAAAAUCAGGCAGCCGGAAAGCAAACAUGAGACGUGCAGGCUUGGGGGAAGGAUACACUGGAGGUGGUUACAGUGUUUAUGAAGAAGAAAAUGAUAAGUUAACUGAGGGCCUUCGAGAAAAAGUGACUGCUUUAAAAUCACUUUCCAUUGAUAUUGGAACUGAAGUGAAGUACCACAAUAAAAUGCUGGAUGAAAUGGAUGCAGGAUUUGAAUCUACAGGUGGACUGCUAGGAGCAACCAUGGGUAGACUCAAACAUUUAUCUCGUGGGAGCCAAACAAAAGUUUUAUGCUACAUGAUGCUUUUUGCAUUUUUCGUCUUCUUUGUACUUUAUUGGGUUAUUAAGCUGAGGUGAAAUAAAUUUGUCCUACUCCAGUAUUUGGUUCUAACUUAUUACAUAUUGCUAUACAGUCACUUUUGUAAGAAAAUUGAGAUGUGAUUAAUAUUGAAGACUGUUAUUUAACAUCACAUUCAAGUUACAGACUACAGUUUCAUGUUUUCUCAAUGUUUGCUUAUCAGAACUUUCCAUAUUUUUAAAAUGAUAAAUGUCGUAGUAGUCAUCUUCAGAGACAUUCCCUUGGGGAUCAUGGAUGACUUUGCUUCCAGAAUGGUUCUGUGGGUUCAAAGGUAAUUGACAAGUCCCAUAACGGGAUCUGUAGAUUCUGUUACAAUAAUGGCAUGGCUAUUCUGACAAAAUUAAUUUUGCUAUUUUUCGUGGAGUGAAUAGAAUGCUAAUUACUAAGGACUGAAACAAAAAACAAAAAUCAUUUUUGAAACAUGUACCAUUGACAACUUAGUUUCAUGCCCAAUUUCUACAGGUUGGAUUUAAAUAUUUUAUUGUGAUGCAGUAUAUUAAUGAGCUGCACAAUGGUGCAGCAAGUGAUGAACUGUUUCUCUGAAGCUACAUGUCAUUUUCACACAAGCAUUGCCAAGUUGAUCUGGAAUUGGGAGUAAGGAGGAAAACCAGGUGGUGCUAUGUUAUUCUGUGACACUUCUGUACUUCAUUUUAUUGCUUUUCCUUGAAUAUUUACACAAGUUUCUAUUGAAUUACUCUGGCAUUUCCUAAUAGCUGAUGAUUGUUUAACCAUGUCUUAAUACAUUUCAGUAGACUUGCCUGCUCACCCAUUCCAUGAACUGAAAAGUGAAAUUGCUUCCCAAGCUGCUGUCAGACAUAUUCUGAAGAGAAUGCAGUACUAAUGGUGUUACCUGGUUUCAUUUAGCUAAGAUGAGAAACUUGAGUGGUGCAAGUUGUUCAGAAUCCAACAUGGUACAAAGAUUUUUUUGGUUAUAGUUAAGAGCAUAUUCUUCAAAAGAACAUUGUUGUAGACCAAAAAUAGGAUUGAUACAGGGUCUUGAUCCGAAAAACAUCGACUAUCCCUUUGCCUCUACAGGUGCUGCCUGACCUGCUGAGUUCCUCCAGCAGCUUGUUCUUUUGCACCAGAUUCCAUCAUCUGCAGUCUCUUGUGUCUCCAUUGUUGUACACCAAUAUUGUUUACAUUUUCUUUGUAAGAUAUACUGCUUUAUUCAUUAAACCAAUUCCUGACAUGAUUGGAAGUGCUAAAACGAUCAUGGAAUGGGAAUGGAGUGGCGAAGAUGGCAGGAAAAGUUGGGUGCAUUUCUAGAGAGGAGUGUUGUAUUACAGCUUGCAGAAGCUAAUUGAUUAUCCAUUUGGUCAAAGGAUGAUGCAGAGUAACCCAAAGAGGAGAAUGGGUGAGAGAAGACAAAAACAAAACAUUUAUUUUUCUUUAUAAGAAGCCAUUCUUUAAGGGUGUUCCAUGAUUCAUGCCAGUUGCUCUUAAACACUUUCACCUAAUUUUACAUUAAAGUGCUCUGCAGCCUUGAACUUUGACGUUUUGUAAGCUGCUGUUUCUGGAAUUUCUCAUUGAUAGUUAUACAAGGGAGAACAAUAGCCACGAACAUCUAAAGGAUAAAUUUUUAUUCAGAGUAACUGUUAGAAGAAGAGAUGCAGUUAAUUUCCUAUUUUGUUGGUGUUUUGUUUUAAAUGCAAACUUAACAUACUCGUGGCUACUUUUAACUCAGAUUAUCAGUUACUUCAGCAACCUGUAAGUAGUUGGAUCAGCAUCUGAGACAACCAGUUCUCUUGCACAAUUUAUCCCUAUGCUAUUUUAUUGGGUGCCAUGUAAUUUAUUUUGAAACAAAAAUAAAUCAAAAUAGUUCUAAAAUUCUUGGCAUUCCAAAUAUACUAGAAUUAGUUAAAGGGCUAAUUUCAAUCUUGGUUUGCCUCACCUUUAGCAUAUUGUGUUAAGUCAAUGUCUUAAAUUGGUUCCUGGUGAAUACCAGCCACAGUACAACACUGCAAAUAAUCUAAUAUCAGUGAACAAUCUGGCCCCUGAUUUCUGACUGUUGCACUUGAGGCCUUUUUCCCCACGUUAUGCUUUUAGAAUUUUCUGUCAAGGAAAGCUAAUCCUAUAUGUUUAAAAUUUGUAAUUUAGAAACUGAUUUUUAAUUCAUCCAUAGGAUGCAAUUAUUUGUAAUAAGUACAGUGAAUUUUCAAUUAAUUAAAAUUUAUAGAUGUUGUUUGACUUGUCAUAGUUUAUUUCUACCGACUUUGGGCAAUAAUUUCAGUGGAUCUUAUAAUAAUGAAAAAAUAAAAUGUUCAUUGACAUACAUUGAAGAAUGA